AGAGGGCGACAGAACACCGCAGACAGAAAACACAACAGUGAGUUACGUCAUUUCACUGCGACGGAAAUAAGAAAAUUGUAGUCGUUACUGACGUGACGAAUCAAAAUUCCUGGUGAAAAACAUCAACCGGACACACCGCGUGACUGAGGCCCAACCACCGCCGGUCCCUCCGAGAGGUCAACCGUCCUGCAGGAAGCAGCGAGGAUGCACGGUCGGGUGAAGGUUAAAACCACCGCUCAGCAGGAGGAGGAGAAGAGAAAGGAGCGAGAGAAGAAGCUGAAAAUCUAUGUGGCAGCACGGGAUGCCUGUUUUUCUAAGAGGAAGGAAGGAGUUUUUGACGAUGAAGCUCUUCAGCUGACUCAGCAGCUCCUGUCGUCUAACCCUGACUUUGCAACCCUCUGGAACUACAGAAGAGAGAUCCUGAUGCACCUGGAGACCAUCAGAGACGCGGAUGAGAUGCAGAAGCUCUACGAGGCAGAGCUGUCGUUUCUGGAGGCGUGUCUGAAGAUCAACCCGAAGUCUUAUGGGAGCUGGCACCACAGAGGCUGGGUCUCAACCCGUUUGCCUCGACCCAACUGGGCCAGAGAGCUGAGCUUGUGUGACCGCUGCUUGAGCCUGGAUGACCGCAACUUCCAUUGCUGGGAUUACCGCCGGAUGGUUGUGAAGGUGUCAGGCGUUCCAGCGGAUCAGGAGCUGGAGUUUACCGAUCGUCUCAUAGGAUCCAACUUCUCCAACUACUCCAGCUGGCAUUACCGCAGCACCCUGCUGCCCGCACUGCACCCGCAGGCUCCGGAGGUGUGCCGGCAGCCGCCUCUCGCCUCCUCCCCCCGCGGCCCUCAGUCCCACCGCGUCUGUGAGGAGCAGCUGCUCAAAGAGUAUGAGCUGGUUCAGAACGCCUUCUUCACCGACCCCAACGACCAGAGUGCCUGGUUCUACUACCGCUGGUUAUUAGGCAGAGCGGAGCGUGAAGAGAUGAUAAGCUGCGUCUAUGUGAGUCGGGAGGACGAGCGAGUGGCUGUGGCCUUCUCCCGGGCCGUCAACGCCAAGUCUGUGGGACUGUUGCUGGUCCUGGACGGUCAGCCUCUGCAAGUGGACUGGACGAGUGUUCAUCCACGCUUCAGGCACAGCCCAGUCUGGAUCUGUGACCUCCCUCCUGGGACCAUAAACGACGUCACCAACGAACACAACAUAACUGUGCACUGGACAGGGAACCACGCCCACCGGGACUGUGCUCUGUACACAGGCCGGACGGAGAGCUGGUGUCGGGACACUGCGACGGAUCAAGAGCUGUUCAGGAGUGAGCUUUCGGUGGAGAAGACGUCCGUGCUGCAGUCAGAGUUGCAGUCUGUCAAACAGCUGCAAGAACUGGAGCCUCUUAAUAAGUGGUGCCUGCUGACCAUAAUUCUCUUGAUGAGGGCACUAGACCCGUUAGGAUAUGAGAAGGAAACCCUCGCUUAUUUCCAAACACUGAAAGAGGUGGACGCCAUGCGUUCAGAGUACUACAGCGACCUGUGCAGCAAGUUCAUGAUUGAAAACACCAUCUUGAAAAUGGAGUAUGCUGAAGUGCGAGUCUUCAGUAUCUGUGACAGGAGCCUGACCUCUUUGUGCCACCUGGACCAGCUGUUAUUAGUCACUCACAUCAACCUGUCGUCCAAUCAGCUGCAGCGGCUGCCUCCUCAGUUUGCCAUGCUGCAGUGUCUGGAGGUUUUGGAAGCUGAUAACAACUUUUUAGAAAACCUGGAGGGAAUCUAUCACCUUCCCAGACUACAGGAAGUCUCCUUGAAGAAUAAUAAAAUCUCCUCCCUACCAGAUCUCCAGCCGCUGGCUUCCUGCUCUCAGCUAAAGCGCCUUGAUCUCCGUGGUAACCCCGUCACUCAGACGGCGAGCGUGGAGUCCGGCUUAGCGGAGCUGCUGCCCUCAGUCACAGACCUGCUGCUCUGACGGGGAGCAGGGCAGGAAUCUCCGCCAUCAGCAGUCCAUGCGGCCGUGUGUGGUCAUGAGAUGAGGAAAGUUGUGUGUGGGGUUAGGGUAGCUUUGUGUUAGUGUGUCUUAUGUUUUGACCACUUGUUUGAAAAAUCACACAAUCCAUAGAGUUGGAUGUUUCCGAGUGUGUGUGCACAUGUGGAUGGAUGUCCUUCACCUAAAUGCAUGCAGACACACUGAUCACACAGCAGCCUCAUCCUUGAACAUGUUAGCUUGAACAUGUGAGAAUGGAGUCCAGUGAGCGUCAUUUUAACGACUGACAGGACACUGUUGAACAGUAAUAAACUGCACAGGUUGUGUCUUUUCUUCCUCUGAA